AUGAGUUGCGACUGCACCAAGAGCGCGAACUCGAAUUGGUUUCCUAGCCAGAAGGUCAUUGAUGGUUAUUUUGAAGAGCCUUUAGGAUUUCCCCGUGUCGCAGUGGCGGGCGAAAGAGACAGUUACCUACCUCUCAACACUCUGCUUGCUAAGGCCCUCGAGGUUGAUGGAAAGGGAAAGCUCAAGCCAGAUCUUACGGGUUGUCUUAGGAAGCUCAAACCCAUGGAGAAGGUACCUUGGCGCGAGAUCGAAGUUGGGAUUGAGGUCAAGGACGACUGGCUCGAGUUAUUGAAGCAGGCCAACACCUAUGGUCGUUCGAUGUUGGAAGAAGGUUCACGGUGGUAUGCCCUAGUCAUUGCAGUUAACCAUCGCACCUCUGAGGCCCGAUUCUGUUGGUACACGCGCCUCGGAUUGUUCCUGACGCCAGCGCUCGACCUCACGAAGAAGGAGGGCCUCACAACCUUUGUAGGAGGCAUCUUUGGCCUUGCUGCUUGCGACAGGGAGCGCGCCGGGAAUGACCCGUGUCAGGUUAUGCUAGAGAGGACCCUACAUUUCUUGAUUCCUCCGCCUGCUCCAACCUUCUGGAGGUGGUCGAAGACAUUUUGUAGACGAAUCUGUGUCCGUGGGCGCGCUACUCAUGUCUACCGCAUUGGCCCUGCAGCCAAUCUCCCCGAGCAGAUACAAGAGAGACCAGAGGACGGGUCGGGGAAGGAGGGACAGAAGGAGCCAUGGAAGAGGAAAGGACACAAUACGAAAGGCAUCGUUCAAUCGUGGUCCUGGAUCACUUAUUUAGUUCUUUUUCAGCGCAAGCGGGGGAUGAGGUACGUCCAAUCGCCUCUCGGCGACGUGACGGGCACGCAACAACCUCCGUCGAACACGCCAGAGCCGUCCAGCCACUUGACCCAAGUGCAGAAGAAGACCAGCGACACUGCAUGGUGCCGACUUCUGGGAAUCACUCCACCCACAUGGACGAACGUCGAUGUACAUUGGAAAGAGAGUAUCGACUGGUCGAAGAUGACCAGCCUAGUGAUGAAGGAUUCCUGGCCCAUCGAGAGUACAGCCAAGGUUGAGACGGAGAUGUUUUCACAGCACUACACCGCAUUCUUUCCAUUCCCCUCGCUCCCUGCACUCGCCAACCUUAUCAAGCUGCAACCCUUCCUGGUGACCUUGUCUCUUCCCGCACUGAUCUUCUCAGCCUUGACACGCAUGCUCACCCCGCUUGUCCGCAGGAUGCGCCUCUACGUUGCCGGCACCGAUGCACUCGCCAGCGGCUGCGUUUGUGCGCGUGGCGUGCUACCAGAUGUGCUCGUGUUCGACAGCGCGGUGCCGCAGCCCGACGCACCCCCCAAAAUGUACUCCUCGAAUUCGAGGCCACGCGCGGACGCACCGCUCCCGCCACCGCAAUAG